AUCUUGUUACUGGUAAACAAACCUUGUAUGUUCAAAGGGCAUGUAAAAGGAAGUAAAACUCUUUCCAAGAAGGACUGGACUUGCAGAUAAUUGUUUAUUCCUACUCUGGAAAUCCAUAGAAACAGACUGACAAGAGGUAAAAUAUGUCGACCUUAGAAAGAAAGUCUUCAGCACAGACUCUGGGCCCUGACAUAACUGCAACUGAAACAAAUGUAUCUGACAACACACCUACUGACACAACUGCAACUGAAAUGACAACAAUGUCAGAAACAACUGUAACUGAAACAACAAGAAAUGACACAGCUUCAACUGAAACAACUGCAACUGAUUACAAAUUAAAUGAAACAACUGCAACUCAAACAACUGCAUCUGAUAACACACCAACUGACACAACUGCAACUGAAAUGAAAAUAACAACAACAGAAACAACUGCUACUGAAACAAAAAGAAAUGACACAGCUUCAACGGACACAACUGCGAAUGAAACAAUGACAUCUGACAACACACUAGCUGAAACAACUGCCACUCAAUUAAUUGCAUCUAACAACACACCUACUGACAAAACUGAAAUUGAAACUGAAAUUACAACAACAACAACAAAAGAAACAAUUGCAAUAACAAGGACUGACACAGGUUCAACUGACACAACUGCAUCCGAUGACACACCAACUGAAACCACUGUACCCGACAACACACUAACUGACACAACUGCAACUGAAAUGACAGCAACAGAAAAAACUGCAACUGAAACAACUGAAACUGAAACAAGUUCAAUUGACACAACUGCAACUACAGCAACUGUGACUCAAAUAACAACAAAUGGCAUACCUACCACUGGAACAACUGCAACUGAAAUUACUUCAACUGAUACAACUGUGACCGAAACAACUGCAACUGACACAGUUGCAACUGACACAACUGUAACUGAAACAACUGCAAAUGAAACAACUGCAACUGAAACUGACACAAGUGCAACUGAGGCAACUCCAAAUGACACAACUGCAAUUGAAACAAAUACAACUAAAGCAACAACUACAACUGACACAACUGCUACUGAAAAAACUACAACUGGCACAAUCACUACUGACACUGCUGCAACUAAGAAAACCCUAACUGAAUCGACCUCUACAGACACAACUGUAGCUGAAACAACUACAACCGACAUAAUUGCACUUGAAACAACUGCAAUUGGAACAACUUCAACAGAAACAACUGCAACUGAAACAACUUCAACUGAGACAACUUCAUAUGAAACAACUGCAACUGAGACAACUUCAUCUGAAACAACUGCAACUGAGACAACUGCAACUGAAACAACUUCAACUGAGACAACUUCAAAUGAAACAACUGCAACUGAGACAACUUCAAAUGAAACAACUGCAACUGAGACAACUUCAAAUGAAACAACUGCAACUGAAACAACUGCAACAACUGCCACUAAGACAACUUUAACUGAAACAACAUUAACAACAGAAGCAACUGCAACUGUAACAUCUUCAACUGAAACGACCACAACUGAAACAAAUGCAAAUGAAACAACUUCAACUGACACAAAACUGACUGAUACAACUGACACAAAUGCAACUAAAAACACUUUAACUGACACAACUGUGACUGACAUAGCUGCAACUAACACAACCUCAACCGACACAAAUGCAGCUGAAACAACUGCAACCGACACAACUUCCACUGAGACAACUGCAACUGAAACAACUUCAACUGAGACAACUGCAAUAGAGACAACUUCAAAUGGAACAACUUCAACUGAGACAAAUGCAACUGAAACAAAUUCAAAUGGAACAACUACAACUGAGACAACUUCAAAUGAAACAGCUGCAACAGAAACAACUGUAACUGACACAAAUGCACUUGGCACAACUUCAAUGGACACAAUUUCAAAUGAAGCAACUUCCACUGACACAAAUGCAAUCGAAAAAAUAGCAACAGAAUCAACUGUAACUGACACAACUGCAAUUGAAAAAGAUGCAAAAACUGAUGCAAUUUCAAAUGACACAACUGCAACUGAAACAACUUCAAAUGACAUAACUACAACUGAGACAACUUCAACUGCAACAACUGCAAAUGUGACAAGUUCAACUGACAUAACUGCAACUAAAACAACAUUAACUGAGACAAUUUUAACUGACACAACUGCAACUGAAACAGAAACAACUACAACAGUAACAACUGCAACUGACAUGACUACAACCGAAACAAAUACAACUGAAACAAAAUCAACGGCCACAAUUUCAUCUGCAACAACUUCAUCUGACAAAACUUCAACUGAGACAAGCCUUACUGAUAUAAAACAGGUCUACACAACCAGUCAAACUUUUACUUCUGAAUCACCAUUUCAAGGUAAUAUAUCUGUGAAAACAUGUGAAGACCAGCACAAAUGCUGGAUAACAGGAAUGACUUUCCUCAAUUCUGAUCAACUUGUCCUUGCUGAUCACAAUAAUAAGUCCAUCAAGCUGGUGAAUAUUGACAACAACAGUUCAUCUCACCUAACUUUAUCCUCUGAACCCUUUGAUGUCACCUUAGUUACAAGUACAAAAGUUGCUGUGACGUUGCCACAGGAAAAAUCAGUACAGUUCAUAUCAGUUACAUCAGACAGACUUACAGAAUCACGUAAACAGUAUGUCGGAGGAAAAUGCACAGGCAUAAGUUGUUACCAAGACAAACUCGUUACAGCAUAUAUCAACCCUGGAAGAGUUGAAAUCAAUGAUGUUAAAUACAUCACCAACACUAAACACACCAAUACUACUACAAUCAACAAAAAGUCAUGUGGAGAAAAUAUUUUUGAAAAUCCAUUUUAUGUCAAAGUCAACAGCAAGGGUAUCUAUGUAUCAGAUAACAAACUACAUGUAUCAAGGAUUAUAAUGUUAAACUGGCAAGGAGAGGUAAUGAUCGUGUUUGAAAACCCGACUGACACUCUAGGUCUAUCACUUACAAGGGAAGGGACUGUUUUUGUAUGUGAACGCACUAGGAACAACAUAAAAGAGAUAUCAGAAGACUUGGCAAGAAGUGAAAUUGUGCUGAAGGAUCUACAUGGUCCACAUGUUGUCUGUUGGAAUGACGACACAUGUAUGCUGUACAUAAGUAGCGACACUUUGGCAGGGACACAUGAUAACUUCAUAACAGCCAUCAAAAUACAAAAACCAUAUAAAGCAUAGCCAGUGAAACAAAAACAGUUAAUACAAGAAUAUUGUUAUGUUUUGUGAAACUGACAAACUUAUAACACUUGUUUAUUUUGCCAAACAACAUAAACAAGAGAUGUAAGCUGAAAGAUCACAUGACUAUAAAUAAGAUGUUUAUAUUCUUCUCUUAAUACAUUUCUUGUUUAAUUGCAUAUAAAUAUAAUGACUUUAUUGGUAUGUUCUUCUUUUAAAAAUAAUGCAGAUUUGGUAGCAACUUUCAGAACACCUGACUGAAGUUGCUGAAGAGGUAUUGGGACUUCUUGGAAUUCAGGAAAUAGAGCUUCCUGUUGAAACAGUAAAAUAUUUUUUUGUUAUCUUUGUUGUAUUUUUUAAGAUUACAUUAAAAACCUAUGAAUACAUUUUUUGUUACAAACAUUUAGAUUUUGUUUAUGCAUUUGUCUUGUUUGAAAAUAAAUGUAACAUUUUUGUAAAUAUCAGCUGAUAUAUAAGUAUUUUGUGUGUACAUCAAGUAUAUAUACAUAUAUAUGGAAAAUAUAAUUAUUAAACAGAGUAAUAAAGUU